CCCAGCAUUCUUGAACGUUCCCGUGUGUUACCACUGACGUACCUGUUCACACCGGUAGCGGGGCGAAUAGCGAAGGAAUUUAAAGCGACGUAACGACGGACGUAUGGCUUCUCUAGUCCACGGUGCCCCAAGCUCGUCGUUGGACUUUCUGCACCUGUUCCUGCACAAGAUGUGGAGCGGGUUACUUUCCGUCGCAGCGUUCCUCGCCACCUCUUCUGUCCUCCAGCAGAAUGUUGUUCCUGGUGUGGCGGGGCAGUAUUUACUGGGUCUCGGUAUUGGUGAUGUCACUGGGCCAGUGGUUGAGACGAACAUGAUGGGAUAUGCAUCGUUGGAACAGAAUGGGCGGGGACUGCAUAUGAGACAACGUAGUCGGGCUUUCAUCGUCGCGGAGGAGUCAGCACCCAACAACCGAAUCGUGUUCAUCAACUCUGAUGUUGGCAUGGGCGAUACAGGAGUUCGUCGGUCCAUCGUACAGCAACUCUCAUCACAAUACCCCGGAUUAUACUCCGACCAGAACAUCGCCUUUGUCGGUACCCACUCUCAUGCUGGUGUCGGCGGGUACAUGGAGAAUCUGCUGCCUCAGGUGACCUCGUUGGGGUAUGUGAAGCAGACCGCGGACGCCAUCGUGGCGGGCACGGUCCGCGCUGUCCAACGUGCUCACGCUAGUCUGGCUCCGGGUCAACUGAGUGUGGGGAACACGACAAUCGUCGAUGGCAACAUUAACCGCUCCCCGACUGCCUACCUUGCUAACCCGGCUGCUGAGCGUGCCAGGUAUCAGUACGACACUGACAAGGACAUGUCUCUGCUUCGUUUCGAUGAUGCGAAUGGAAAUGCGAGAGGGUUCUUGAGCUUCUAUGCCGUCCAUGGGACCAGCUUGUACAUGAACAACACAUUGAUUAGCACAGACAAUAAGGGAAUGGCCGCGUUCUUGUACGAGAAUUUUGUGGAGCCUGAUGCUAUGCCGGGCAACACUUCCUUCGUCGCUGGAUUCGCACAAGCUAAUGUUGGUGACACCACGCCGAAUACAUUGGGCGCUUUCUGUCACAGCCCCGGUCAGCCUUGGGAUGGACAGCCGUGCGAGCCUGAAACUUCAACAUGUGGAGGGAAAGCACAAGACUGUCAUGGACGAGGACCUGGAUUCCGUAUCUCUGAUUUCGAGUCCAAUAGAAUCAACGGAGAACUUCAAUUCCGCGGCGCUCAAACCAUCAUGAACAAUCGACAACUAAGUCCAGUCAGGGGUGCUGUUCGAAGUGUACAUGUCUGGAUGCAGAUGGCCGGACACACCUUCACCUUGCCGAACGGAACAACAGCUUCGACCUGCUCGGCGGCUCUAGGCUACAGUUUUGCGGGUGGCACGACGGAUGGUCCCGGAGCCUUCGACUUUACUCAAGGCUCAAACGCGUCUGAUACCCAGAAUCCGUUUUGGGAAAUUGUAAAAGGCGCCGUCACUCCUCCGCCGACUGCUCAACAGGUCCGAUGCCACUAUCCCAAGCCCAUCUUACUGAAUACGGGUGCCGCGCAUUUCCCAUAUGAAUGGGCACCGAACAGCGUCAGCGUCCAAAUGCUCCGUGUUGGAAACUUUGUGAUGCUUAUCAUGCCGGGCGAAUUCACUACGAUGGCUGGAAGACGAAUGCGCGAGUCGCUGCGAAACGCCUUGAUUUCUUCAGGCGUUCUCGGUUCGGAUGCAUAUGUGGUACUUGCUGGGCCGGCGAAUACGUACGCACACUACGUCACCACCCGGGAAGAAUACUCUGUACAGCGAUAUGAGGGUGCGAGCACCAUUUUUGGACCAUUUACGCUCGAAGCCUAUAUCGAGAAGUACUCUAGUUUAGUCCCCUACCUAUCCGAUAACACUUCUGGGACGCCGCCGAGCGAUGCUGCUCCACCCGAGCAGACUUCCAAAGCGAUUUCUCUUCAGACUGGAGUUGUAUUCGACGCCCCACCGGCGGGUAGACGAUUUGGUGCCGUCAUUGAAGAUGUUUCGUCAAGUCCAUAUCGUGCCGGGGACAAGGUAUCGGCCAAAUUCGUUGGCGCCAACCCCCGAAACAACCUUUUGCUAGAGGGAACCUUCCUCGCUGUGGAACAGUUGGUCUCGGGACAGUGGCGAAUGGUGAGAUCUGACUCUCACCCCUCGACGAUUUAUGAGUGGACCAGAACUAACACUAUCUUGGGAAUGAGCACCGUGACCAUUUCAUGGACUAUCGAAAAUGGAACACCAGCUGGAACUUAUCGACUGCGAUACUUUGGCCAUUCGAAACCACUCAUCGGUUCUAUCUCAGCCUUCACGGGUCAGUCGGCUUCGUUUACAGUAGUAUCGUGAAAGGGAAUGUGAAUUCACCAUGCCUAUUAUUUCGUGUAACUUUAAUUGCUAAUCGAUGGACAAUCUGGACC